UUGACAAUGAUAACUCUUAAUUCCCUGUUCUAAAAAUAGUAGGAGGAAGUUGAAGAUAAAAACCCAGACGCAAAGCCUUCUUUGAUAUAUCAACAGUAACAGUGACAUUUUGAGGAAAUCUUUUAGAAUGGUAGUGUUGUUUUAGAUAAGAUUGCAACAAUAUGGCGACAGGACACGGUGUUUUAGGGAUACAUUUCAUUCCAUCUGAUGGUUAUCAUUGGGCAGAAUUUUUACAACAGAAACUUAAUGAAGAUGGAUAUAAUAUCAAAAGCAUGCUUUUGGAUCUGACAUCUACAAGUCAUUCUCAUUUCUAUGAAACAAACGUUCUUUUAGUUAGUCCUGACUUUUUUAGUCUCCAGAAUUUUGAUGCUUUACAUCGAAUUAAUCCACAAAGAGCAAUAAUGGUACUUCUGGGAACUGCCGCAUCAGACAUUCAGACAUUUCUGUCUCAAAAAUACCCUGCAAUGUUGAAAAUUACAUUUUUUGAAACUCAGGCGACUGAGGAUUGUGUACGUGCUUUAUUGAUUGGCAUUAUUAAGUUAUACGAGCACGUGCACGAAGCGAGUGACGAAGAGACAGAACAAGGUGUAUAUGACAAACUGCCGCCUCUAAAACCACCCAAAGGAGCAUCAAUAAAUACUAUCCACAAAGUCGCAGUAUCAUUUGAUAAUAACAAUAGGGAAGUUUUUAUUCUUUGUGAUAGAAAAGGUAGUGAUGAAAUACAGAUAGAAUUGUUAGAUAGACAGGGACAAAUAAAAGCUAUUCACGAAAAUAAAGCUAUAUAUAGAUUCUCAGUUGAUGCUGAAUUAGCUAAGACCAAUCCCAAAUUUAUAGCAAAAGAUGGUCAACUGACGAUUGGAUCAGGCCAAGUUGUAAUUCCCGAAUCUCAAUGUGUAAAACCUGACUCACAGAAUAAGACUACGCGCUCAAAAUUAGACAUUUUACAAGAUAUCCUUGGUGAAGAAAAGGACCCAGUCUGUCUCAUGUGCCAAGCACUUAAUAUAGAGGAAAGAACUAGAGAAGCAUUGGAUAUGAACUUGGCGAGAAAAUGCCAGAGUCUUGAACCUCUUCGAAAAUUUGAUGGAGGAUUUUUUGAUAAUAUUGGUCGUCGAAGUUCAGGUCAUAGCAACGAGAAAUGGCCAACAUUAAUCCACUUUGCUGCAGAAUUUAAUCUACCUCGAUUUUGUGAAGAGUUACUUAAGUUACCAUGGAGUGAAGAUGCUUGUUUGAAAAUGAACAAAAACGCUGAAGCUCCACUAGAUAUAGCAAAACGAAAAAGUUUCAAUGAACUGGUCAACAAACUAGAAAUCUUUUUGGAAAGACCAAUAAAAAGCGGAAAUGUUCCAGGUAACAAAGACAGUGGAGUUGUAGAAGAUGAUGUUCCGAUAAAAGACGACCGUUUAAGUUCAUCUGAAUCUUACACAGAUAUGUCAGAGAUGGCCAAACCAGUCUCAGGCGAGAAGGAAGAAACGCCGCCACCAUCGCCUCACCCACAACCAACGUAUAUGAAUACUAGAGACGCAAGUCCUUCUCGUUGUUCAGGACCACCACCUGCACCUAAGCCUCAUCGUCCACCGCCGAAAUCUAGUGGUGAUUCAGAUACACAGAGUGAAUACAUGGACAUGAACGCGUUUGGCACAACACAGUCAGCCCCGAACCUUCCAGCUAUACAGGUGCAACAUGCGCCAACAGGAAGAUCAUUAUCAGAUAGCCAGUCUCAAAGCUAUGCAGACGACGAAGAGGAGGACGAGGAAUAUGAUUAUCCGAUAGAGUUUGACUUGCAAUCGACUGGUAGCUCCAGUUCAAAUCUCACCUAUUUAUCUCCUCAGCCUGUUAUACACGAGGAUGUUCAGCUUCCCACACAUCCCCACGGGGAAAGACACAGCGGAUUUUUCAAAAAGUUCAAGUUAUUUGGGAAAAAACACAAAAAGGAUCCAAAGCCACCACAAAGAGACAGAAAGAUGUCAUUGCCUACAGAAAUGGAUUUGAAAGCUUUCCAGCAGACGAGAGCUGGAGGAAGAAGAGGCAGUAUUCCUGCCGUUCAAGUAAAUAGAGAUAGUGGUUCGAGUACGUCAAGUGGUGAAAUAAAUGUAAUGCAUUCCAGAGAAGACAAAUCUAAGUCUGUGGAUCUAUUCCAAGAUGCUAACCGCAGAAAGAAAAAGACACAUUUUCUUAAUAAAAAUACAAGGAAAUCCAUGAGAAUAAACAAAGUCAUAGAAGAUAAAAUAAAUCCACUUCCUCUUCCUCAAAAGUCAAAACAUUAGUUAUCACCAUAGAUACCAACAGGAUCAUGGCAAGUUAUCUUGUAAAAAUGUGCGCAAUGAAAGGAAACUAAUCUCAUUAAUUUCUAAUAACGAAAAGGUCUAGAAGGGAAAAUGCACAAACCUUAUACCCCAUAAAACUGUUAUUUUUUAUGCCGAGGAAUAAGUUCUACAAACAAGUCGCCAGAAGGACAGUUUUGAUCGAGAAUGAUAAAUUAUAAGAAUUUUAUCAUCUGAACAUUCUUCGAAUGUAAUUGUAUCAAAUAAUUGAAACGUUUUAUGCUUCAGUUAUAUUAUUUACAUAUUACCAAGACUUACUGCUUUGUAUAGUAUCUAUGCAUAUGAAUUAUUUACUGACAGUAUUAAAAUAAAAACUAGUUGACACUGUAUAUAUUUCGUAAACAAAAAUGCAAUUUUUAUUUUAUUUAUUCACAAAUGUAUAUAUGU